AUGCUCAGGGCGGCAGCGGCCAUGAAAGAAGCGGAGGAAGCGGCAGAGAGAAUGGAGGAGGAUAGCGACAUGUUCUCGAGCAUGGAGUUCGCACUGUUCGGAGACGAUCGCUCUGAAGGAUCUUUCGAGCCAAAUAUGCCGAAGACGACGUUGGGGAUGGUUGUCACUGACACGGAGAUAGAGAGCAUCAUCCCUGGUGGGCCGGCGUUUCUCGCUCGACUGCAGAGUUCAGACAAGAUCGUUGAGAUCAAUCAUCAAAGUGUGCACUCAUACAACGAUGUCCAACGACAUCUGUGUAGCUCAGACGUUCCUGGAGAGAAAGUCAAGCUCCUGAUAGAACGGAGAAACCAUGAUCACAGCGCUUCGAGCUUUGAAGCAGAACUAGUCAGAUUCCCUGUCGCCAAGAUGAGGCGUGUGUCGAAGAUCUUCAGGAUAUUGACAAUCAUAGCGGAUAAAGAGAAGACAAACAUGGAAGACUUGACUGAGGUGAUGAGAGGGGUAGAAGAGAUCUUACUACGAGACUACAGCAUCAUCGCUCAGUUUCAUCUCACUCGACAGAACAUCAGAUCUUUGAAAGAGAAGAUUUCAAUUGCUCGCAAAUGCCUGUUGGAGGAGACGGACUGCAAUCUGAAGGAACUCUCUAGCUUUAAUCUCCGUGACACAAACACGCGAUUAGAAAGAAUUGAAGCUGAUGAAGAGGCGCUUGACGAAAUCUCACUCUACUUCACUUCAAUCAUGGCAAAGAACAACAUGUCACAAAGGGAGGAAUUAAGCAAUCUGCUGGAUGUCGCAACGCAAGCACAUCACAUGUUUGAUCUCAAGACCAUGAUCCUUCGAGAUGAAAUCAAAAAAAUUGAGACAACCCGACAAAUCGAGCAAGAGCAAGAGAAGAAUCAAAACUGUCUCUUACUGCCAUAA